AUGCAUGAGAUCCCAAGAUCACAGGAAGGUGUUCACUUCACGGUGGACUCUUCUUCCACAUCAUAUGGCCUCCCAACUGUGGCUUACAAAAAGUCGAAUGUGACACUCAAUUCUACUAACGACUAUGAUGUGGUCGUUGUCGGGGCCGGUUACACAGGACUCAUUGCGGCCCGAAAUGUUUCUCGAAGUGGCAAAAGGGUCCUUCUCGUGGAAGGUCGAGACCGAAUUGGUGGAAGAACUUGGACUGUUGAUCUUUGGGGAAACAAAUUCGAGAUGGGCGGUGAAUGGGUUCAUUGGGCACAACCAAACGUCUGGGCAGAACUCACAGAUUACGGCUUAACCAAACCUGACGACUUUCUGCAAACCUCUGGAAGUGCCGAACCAGAAUUUUGCAGUAUGAGCAUGCCAAACUCAGAGGGGAGCAAAGAAUAUUCCACUUCCUUCCUCGAUAAGGCCUCCCUUGUUCAGAGCCUUGAUAGGACCACGAAAGCGUUUUUCGACGUGGAUGGUCAGGGAGGAGCAACGAUAUUUCCCUUUCCGUACACGCCUCUAGCCAACCUUGAAGCUAUCGAGAAGUACGAUUCUCUCACAGUCGGAGACAGAAUCAACCAACUCAGUGGGUUCACGAAGGAAGAACUUGAUUUCUUGUUUUCCAACCUUGUCGUUUUCGGGAACAUUCCACCAAUGGAAGCAGGGUUCUUAAAUAUUCUUCACUAUUAUGCUCUUGCUGGCUACGACUGGGAUAGGCUCAUGCAGGCUUCCGAUCGUUAUAAACUCAAGAUCGGACAUUCUGGUUUCGCAAAUCUCGUCUUCGCAGAUAUAGCUGGAGAUGCGGUCUUCAGCGAUCCCAUUAAAGCCGUCACUCACCAACCUGGAUCCGUGGUUACGACCCUACAAUCAGGAGCCACAAUCCGAUCAAAGCAUGUAAUAUGUACGCUACCACUACACUGUUUGAGCGAAGUAGACUUCCAGCCGCCUUUGCCAACUCCCUUCAGUAAAGUUCGCCAUCCAAACUUUGGUGGAAAAGUCCACAUCCACGUGGAUGCCAAAAUUCCGGCCUGGUGCGGAUUUGCUGACUCAGAUGCCCCAGUUGACGCUCUCUUGACAGAUAGAUACUCUUCACGCGAAGGGACCUAUCUUGCAGGCUUUCCUGGAGGUAAUCCAUGGCGACAAGGUAGAAAUGUGGUCGGGGAUCCAAGUGAAUUCCUACAGGCAACUUUCAAGUCAUGCUACCCAUCAAAAUGGUCCGGGAAACCUACCGAUAUGUUGUGGCACGACUGGAACACUGACCCUUUCUCAAGAGGGCAAUGGGGCGCAUGGGGAGCCGGGCAGAUCUCUACAAGCUUCAAAUCACUUACAGAAGCGGCCUACGUUAGUCGAGAAAUCGUCUUAGCCAAUGCCGAUUGGGCUCAUGGUUGGACAGGUUUCGUCGAUGGAGCUGUUGAGGAGGGAAAGCGUGCAGCGAGUCAGGUUCUAUCGUACUUAAAGGGAUAA